AUGCAUCUGAUCGCAGCAAAAAAACGGACAGACACGAGGCAGUCAACAACAGCAAUAACACGUUUGAGUACCGUCCAGCUCAGUGCCAGCCCGAGAGAGCCUCGAGAUGCCCGACGUCACCACAACUGUCACUUCUCAAUAAAGCCGAUCCGCCUCCCUCGACCGUUUCUCGGAACGCGGCGCCCGACGAAGAUGACAGCGCCCGAUCACAGCACGCCAUAUCUUCACCGGCCAGUUCCCUCCUUACGCCUUCAACCUGCUGCUGCUGGUCUGCCAGUGUACAACUGCUACCCCUGCCCGCCAAUGCGACCCUAA